AUGAACCCCAGCGCCCCCAGCUAUCCCAUAGCCUCGCUCUACGUGGGCGACCUACACCCCGACGUGACAGAGGCGAUGCUCUACGAGAAGUUCAGCCCGGCCGGGCCCAUCCUCUCCAUCCGGAUCUGCAGGGACAUGAUCACCCGCCGCUUCUUGGGCUACGUGUAUAUGAACUUCCAGCAGUCCGCGGACGCGGAGCGUGCUUUGGACACCAUGAAUUUUGAUGUUAUAAAGGGCAAGCCAGUACGCAUAAUGUGGUCUCAGCGUGAUCCACCGCUUCGUAAAAGUGGAGUGGUUUGUGAUGAAAAUGGUUCCAAGGGCUAUGGAUUUGUGCAUUUUGAGACGCAGGAAGCAGCUGAAAGAGCUAUUGAAAAAAUGAAUGGGAUGCUUCUAAAUGAUCACAAAGUAUUUGUUGGACGUUUUAAGUCUCACAAAGAACGAGAAGCAGAACUCGGAGCUAGGGCUAAAGAGUUUACCAAUGUUUACAUCAAGAAUUUUGGAGAGGACAUGGAUGAUGAGCGCCUUAAGGAUCUCUUUGGCAAGUUUGGACCUGCCUUAAGUGUGAAAGUAAUGACUGAUGAAAGUGGGAAGUCCAAAGGUUUUGGAUUUGUGAGCUUCGAGAGGCAUGAAGAUACACAGAAAGCUGUUGAUGAGAUGUAUGGAAAGGAGCUCAAUGGAAAACAAAUUUAUGUUGGUCGAGCUCAGAAAAAAGUGGAACGACAGACGGAACUUAAGCGCAAAUUUGAGCAGAUGAAGCAAGAUAGGAUCACCAGAUACCAGGGUGUUAACUUAUAUGUGAAAAAUCUUGAUGAUGGCAUUGAUGACGAACGUCUCCGCAAAGAGUUUUCUCCAUUUGGAACAAUCACUAGCGCAAAGGUUAUGAUGAAGGGUGGUCGCAGCAAAGGAUUUGGUUUUGUAUGUUUCUCCUCCCCUGAAGAAGCCAUUAAAGCAGUUACAGAAAUGAAUGGUAGAAUUGUGGCCACGAAACCAUUAUAUGUAGCUUUAGCUCAGCGCAAAGAAGAGCGCCAGGCUCACCUCACUAACCAGUACAUCCAGAGAAUGGCGAGUGUCCGAGCUGUGCCCAACCCCGUGAUCAACCCCUACCAGCCAGCACCUCCUUCAGGUUACUUCAUGGCAGCUAUUCCACAGACUCAGAACCGUGCUGCGUACUACCCUCCUAGCCAAAUUGCUCAAUUAAGACCAAGUCCUCGCUGUACUGCUCAGGGUGCCAGACCUCAUCCAUUCCAAAAUAUGCCCAGUGCUAUCCGCCCAGCUGCUCCUAGACCACCAUUUAGUACCAUGAGACCAGCUUCUUCACAAGUUCCACGAGUCAUGUCAACACAGCGUGUUGCUAACACAUCAACACAGACCAUGGGUCCCCGUCCUGCAGCUGCUGCUGCAGCAGCUACUCCUGCUGUCCGCACUGUGCCGCAGUAUAAAUACGCUGCGGGAGUUCGCAAUCCUCAGCAACACCUAAAUGCACAACCACAAGUCACCAUGCAGCAGCCUGCUGUUCAUGUACAAGGUCAAGAGCCUUUGACUGCUUCCAUGUUGGCAUCUGCCCCUCCUCAAGAGCAAAAGCAGAUGUUGGGUGAAAGGCUGUUUCCUCUUAUUCAAGCCAUGCACCCUACAUUGGCUGGUAAAAUCACUG